CAGAUUUCCUCUCCAGAUUUCAUUAUCCUACCUGGCUCUCUAGAAAUCCUCCCUUAGAUCCUCACUAAGCCCAGCAACCUCUCUUAACAUAUUCUACACAUUCAUUUUCAACUCAUUGUAGAGAAGAACACACAUGGCUGCAACAUCUGCCGCUGUCCUCAAUGGGUUGGGUUCUUCAUUUCUAAAUGGAGGGAAGAAGAGCGCCAAAGGCCUAUUGGGUGCUACUAGAGUGGGAAGUAGUGGAGCUGUUGGUUCUCGGAAGUCGGUUGUUGUAGCCGCUCUUCCGCCGAAGAAAUCUUGGAUUCCUGCCGUUAAAGGUGGCGGCAACUUCCUUGACCCCGAGUGGCUCGAUGGCUCGCUCCCGGGCGACUAUGGAUUCGACCCACUAGGCCUGGGCAAGGAUCCAGCGUUCCUUAAAUGGUACAGAGAAGCAGAACUGAUUCACGGGCGGUGGGCGAUGGCAGCAGUCGUUGGUAUCUUCGUGGGACAAGCAUGGAGUGGGAUCCCCUGGUUCGAGGCUGGGGCUGACCCGGGUGCAAUAGCGCCAUUCUCCUUCGGUUCGCUUCUCGGAACACAGCUUCUCCUGAUGGGUUGGGUUGAGAGCAAGAGGUGGGUGGACUUUUUCAAUCCAGAAUCUCAGGCAGUAGAAUGGGCGACUCCAUGGUCAAGAACCGCUGAGAACUUUGCAAAUGCGACAGGCGAACAGGGGUACCCGGGGGGAAAAUUCUUUGAUCCAUUAGGUCUUGCAGGGACAAUUAAGGAUGGUGUGUACAUUCCUGAUACUGAGAAGCUAGACAGACUCAAGGUUGCUGAGAUUAAGCAUGCUAGAAUUGCUAUGUUGGCCAUGUUGAUUUUCUAUUUUGAGGCUGGUCAAGGGAAGACACCACUUGGUGCCCUUGGUUUGUAAAACUAUUACUUUAUUUGAUGUAGAUAACUGGAAAGAAACAAUGAACUCCGCCAAUUUUAAAUCUAAUGUAAUCAAUCAAUCUUUCUUUAUGGACCAUAUUAGAAGUUCUCAAA